UUUAGCAAUCCUGCCUCGUCACUGGGAUGCGGCUGCCGGAGCCGGGCACCGACCAUCCAUGCUCAUGCCUGUAACCGAGAAGGGCAAGCCGCCGACCCAUUUCUCCACACACAAACAUGGCUGCUCUUUCAAACCUCACCAAUGCUGCCUCACCAGCUCAGCGCUUUCUGGUCUUCUUUGACUUUGAUGAGACCAUCAUCAAUGAGAGCAGCGAUGAUGCAGUGGUGCGCGCCGUGCCGGGCCAGCAGCUCCCUGAUUGGCUGAAGGACUGCUACAGGGAGGGGCACUACAACGAGCACAUGCAGCGGGUGCUGGCCUACAUGGCUGAGCAGGGUGUGUCUCAGGACUCCAUCCGAUCGGUGGUGGAGAAGAUCCCGCCCACGCCUGGCCUCCCUGCCCUUUUCCAGUAUCUCCUGAAACACCAGCAGGACUUUGAGCUGGUGGUGGUUUCUGAUGCCAACAUGUACUUCAUCGACACGUGGUUGCAACAUGUUGGGCUGCGCCACCUUUUCCGGAGGAUUUUCACUAAUCCGGCUAGUUUUGAUGCGGCGGGGCGGCUCGUGCUGCUCCCCUUCCACUCCCACUCUUGCUCCCGUUGUCCCGAGAACAUGUGCAAGCAGGUAAUCCUGCGGGAGUAUCUGGCACACCGACAAGAGGAGCGUGGUGGUGCCCCCUUCCACAGGGUAUUCUAUGUUGGAGACGGGGCCAAUGACAUCUGUCCUUGUCUGGCUCUGGGGCCCCAGGACACAGCCUUCCCCAGGAGGGACUUCCCCAUGCAUAAGCUGCUGGUGGAGAUGCAGCAGUUCCAGCCAGCCAACUUCAAGGCCAACAUGGUUCCUUGGGCCAGCGGUGACGAUGUGGUAGACUUCCUGAAGAAGCUGAGGGAAGAGAGAUGAGACUGUGUAUGUAUGGGAAAGAGAGGGAGAGACAAAUAGAGAAUAAUACAGCAAAGAUACACCAACCCCAGACCCAGUGAACUGCAGGCAUGAUCUUCCCCCAGUCACAACUUGUAGAACACACUUGGCAUAACCUGUAAAGAUGGAGCCAAGCGGUGUGUGUAGAUCUAGUAGAGUUGCUUUUAAUGUUAGCGUGGUAUCAAAGUCUUUUGCCUACUUGGAUCAAAGUUAUGUAACCAGAAAUAUUAGUUGCUGGUUUGAAGUGUGUAUGCAACAUUACGACAGGACUCAACAGUAUUAGAAUGGCAAUAAAUAAAGUCAGCAAUCAGGCUGAUCAGGAUCAACUUGAUUGAUACAGUAUUGAUGAUGCACUAAGGAGGUUCUGGUUCUAAAGCCUGCUCAACAUGCUGCAGAUUGUCUCAACCAAAGUUGUGCCCAGUGUGCCCUGGAGUGAGUGGAAUUGUCAUCCAGAGCUGUCAGCCCAUGAUUACACAUCAUAAUUUUUG